AGGGCCGCAGACGUCUAUAAAACCGUAUACCAUUACAAUACAUCAUCAGUUUACCUACAGCUCUCGCAAUGUUGGCAUUUUCGUGUUUUCUCAUUCUUCUAUCUACAUUACAGAGCGUAAUGCCUCAAGGACCAUCUGGUCUCUGCGGACCACCCCCUGUUGAUAAACCAUUCGAAUGCUGUAAGAUGCCGCACCUUUUUACUAGUGAAGAACGUGCGGACUGUGGAUUUGAAGAACCUACAGACGGAAAACGACGAGGGCCACCUGAUUGUAGCAAACUAAUAUGCCUUAUGAAUAAGAAGAAUUUGAUGAAGGACGAGAAGAAUGUAGAUUUAGAUGCAGUAUCAGAUUUCUUAGAUACAUGGACUGCAGAAAACGCGGACUUUAAAGAUACAGUGGAUAAGGCCAAAGAGAGAUGUCUCAAAGACGAUGUAUCUGGACCACCAGAGGCAUGCUUACCAGACAGAAUCGUAACCUGCAUGUUCUUCGAGACAUUUAAUAACUGUCCUAAAUGGGAGGAAAGUGAGAAAUGCGAUAAGUUGAAGACACACAUGGAACAGUGCCGAGCGAGGCUAACUUAAACAUGAAUUUAUGUAUUAUUUUUGUAAUGGCAUUAAUUGUAAUGAAGUACUAAAUGUUGUAAUAAUAAAGUAUUAAGUUGGCCCUUGUUUUUCGUUUUAAGUCAUAUCGGGUAUAAUUAGAGACCAGGACUCUCCCAAAUUACUUAUUUAAUAAAAUGAACAGUUUUUUCA